AUGUCUAAGAAAGAUUUAAGUUUAGUAAAUAUCGAAGAGGCACGGUACAAAUCGAAGUCUGUUCCUAUGAGGAAUCAUGAAGUCAGUUAUCCUUAUCCUUUCACAGAUUAUAUUCAUCCACGCUUUUGCGCCGAUUUUUCAUCUAUAAGUACUUAUAGCAAGCCGCAUCAUCGAUUAGUCAGGAAUCUGAAAUCAAUUACAGUUAAUUAUGAAUCGCAUUUAAAGCACGCUCAUGAAAAAUUAAAAAGACCAAUUAAAUCAGAAAACAUGUUUUUUCAUUAUUUUAACAAAGAACUUACUGCGUAUCAAGAAGUGAUACAAAUAAUAACGACAGAACCAUAUAUUGAAUCACAGUUAACAUAUAAUACUGAACAUCAAAAAGAAAUAGAUAUAUUACAGACAACACUGAAUUGGCAAGAUGAACAAAUCGAUAUUGCAACACCUACAACAACAGUAGAAACAUACAGAUUCCGUACACCAGAAAGAAUGCAUAUAAAAUUACGAGUACCACGCUGGACUGAAACAGAACCCACCACAGAAGAUUAUUUUAAGAAAGAACUUACUGCAUAUCAAGAAGUAAUAAAAAUAAUAACGACAACAACAUCGCUAGAGACAACAACAACAACGACCACAACACCAACACCAGAAACAACAACGGAAAGUCCAACUAUACCAACCACUACAACUACUGUAGCGCUUACUACAACUGAAAAAACAAUUGCAACCACGACAACGUCCCCGGAAACUACAACUGCGCUAACAACUACGCCAACACCAGAAACUACUACGGAAACUCAAACUGUACCAACCACUACUACUACCGUGAUUCCAACUACAACUGAAGAAACAACUGUUCUCACGACAACAUCGCCGGAAACUACAACUACGCCAACAACUACGCCAACACCAGAAACUACUACGGAAACUCCAACUGUCCCAACCACUACGACUACGGAAGUUCCAACAACAACUGAAGAAACAACUGUAACCACUACAACAUCACCAGAAACAACAACUACA